UGCACGUAGAGGACAAAAACAAUUAAAAAAAGAGAUGUCAGUGCCCGUUGGGUGAUGGUGGUGCCCGGGAAUGCCCCGGUGAUCCAGCAGGACCCCGCUCUGGAGCCCGAGCUCGGGAGGGACCCCCCGCAGCACCCUACCAUGGGCCCUGGCACGGAGCCCGCGCCCGAGGAGGUGGGCCCGGAGCUGGCAGAGGUGAGGAAGCUUCGGGAGCUGGUGAGGAGGCUGGAGCUGGAGAACCAGCACCCCAGAAGCAAGAGCAGCAGGAAUGUGCUCGGGCCGGGGGAGAUCCUGCCCGUGGCCAACCCCGGCCUCAACGGGCUGGAGCUCAACGACAGCAUCAACCACAUCAGCGAGCAGCAGGAACUGCAGAUCAUGGCGGAUCUGCACAGCCAGUGGAGCAAAAUCAGGCAGGAGGAAGGAGACAACGACUGCUUCCAAAGAGCCCUGGAUGCCCAGAGGGAAUACAGCUGCAACAGUGCCCCCCGGGAGGAGGUGCCCCCCGAGGGUGGCACGGGCAGGUGUUCCUCCUGCGUGGAUACAAGGGACGGCUCCGAGCUGCUGGGGGUCCAUCCCUCGGCCAGAAUCCACGAGCAGGAGCCCAGGGAAAAGUGUGCAGACCUAGAAAGCCUUUCAAACAACGAGGACCUGGAUGAAGUGAAAGUGUUGGAACUUGAGAACUGCACCGAGGAGGAGGAUUGCUGGCUCUAUGUGUCCCCAAGGAAAUCUGCAGAGGAGAAAACAUCUUCCCCCUUGAAAUGGUGCCGGCAGGUGCUGGAUAACCCCAGUCCUGAGAUCGAGGCAGCCUGCAGGACCCUCAUCAACAGGCUGGACCAAGGUUACCUGAGCAUGCACUCGGCGCUGAGCUCCCAGUCCUCGGUGGACAGCGAGCUGAGCACCUCGGACGACUCCAUCUCCAUGGGCUACAAACUGCAGGACCUCACGGAUGUCCAGGUCAUGGCACGCCUUCAGGAAGAGAGCCUCCGGCAGGACUGUGCCUCCAGCUCCGCCUCCGUGUCCCGGCGCAGCUCCAGCGCGUCCCUGCACUCCCUGCGCCGCGGCACCUACAGCGACCAGGAGUUCGACACCUACAGCCUGGAGGACGAGGACGACUACGACUGUUCCCUGUCCUUCCGCAGCGCCCACAGAUACUCCCCGUCCCCGCUGAGCUCCCCCCGCUGCCAGUCCCCCUCCUCCAGCGUGGAUUACGGAAGGUCCUCCGCGUCCCGGCUCCGCGCCCCGCGCAGGGCGGGCAACGGCCCCAUGCAGGACCGGCUCAAGUACGCCAACAGCGAAGAGGAGCUGAGGCACAGCAUGCCCAACCUGGCCAGGAGCAGCCUGCGCGCGCUCGACUCCGUGAGGAGCAGUCGGAGCCUGGAGUCCGACCUGCAGGUGCCCAGCAGCCGAAUUCCCAGGACUCAGCAGCGGUCAGCAGGUCUGACUCCCAGCAAGCUCAGGUAUUCCUCGGGUGCGGGGCAGUCCCCGCUGACGGUGCGACAGCCCGGGAAGGCCGGCUCGGGCACCAACUCCCUGCUGGCCACCAGGCAGGCGGUGAAACCCUGCGGCUACACAGCUCCCGGCUCUGCAGUCAGGAAGCCACAGGCCCCUUCGCUUCACACGGGCUCUCCCAGCACUAGUUGCACUUCCAGAACCACCACCAUGGUCACCGCGGCCAAAAAUUCCGCCCUGAAGGCGCGGCCGGCCGUCGGAGGGAUCGCGGUGCCCAAGGGAAAGGCGCCGCCGCCGUCCAGGAGGUUCCUUCAGUCGGCACAGACCCCCCCGGCCCCCGAGGACGACUCCUGGAAGGAUGGGUGCUACUGACCCCCCCCAACACCUCCGUGGAGCAGAGCCCCAGCUGGCUGGGCAUCACCUCCCUGGGCAAGGAGCCUCCAGCCCCCCUCUCCCUGCAGACUCAUGUACAUAUUCCUCAGAUUCCUGGGAAGCAGCUCCACCUGCUGCUCUACCAAGAGCCCGACCUCACCGCGGCGGGACCGGCUUCCACCCACCACGAGUCUUCCCAGGAAGACUGCAAAUGGCCUUAUUUCAUCUGCCCCCCUGCCUGCAGCCCUUGGGAAGGUCUGUCACCCCCAAGCUGGGCUGUGACCCUGCUCCUGAGGGGGCUGGGAAGGCUGGGAGGGUCCUCUCUGUGCCGGGAAGCAGCUCUGAGCCGGUGCUGUGGGGUGGCAGAGCUCGGGGAGACUAGAAAUAGUGACAUAGGUGUUAGAAUUAAGACUUUUUAAAUCCAACCUGAUGUGCUCUAAUAUUUGUCUGAAACUCAACUGGGUUGUUAUUUUUUUUUUUUUUUUUUUGGUUGGUUUUUUGGUUGGUUUUUUUUUUUACUUCUGUAUAGAAUGUAUUUCUGCUACUUUUUAUGGUUUGGCCUAGAGCUGCAGCAGGUUUUUAUAACUGUAGAACACUUCAAACUGUUGUAUGCAGGUGUCAGCACAGGCCACGAGUGAAGGAGCAGUACACAAUAUUUGUGUGGGGUGUGAACAGGCAGGGACAGGGGAUGCCAGUUCAAAACUGCUGGUUCCCAGCACCACCUUACCUCAGCUGAGAGGAGGUUACCACCAGGUAAGAGCAAACUUUUUAAAAAAAAAAUAACCCUCCCUGACAGCUUUGGCUUGAAGUGUUUGAUCUCUCAGCUGGUUCCCAACUGCCCUGACUUUUGUAGAAGUUUUUUACUGUCUCUUAAGGAUUCUGUUCCAGUGUCCUUUUCCUCAGCAAGUGCUGGAUGCUCCAAACACAGUCUUAGUCCAGGAAAUAUGCACUGAUAGCAACGUUCUCCCUGCCAUCAAUGUGACCUUGAAAUAGUGUAGUUUAAUAAAAUGUUAUGGUGCUGAACGAGAUCUGCUUUAUUCCAACAGCCA